AAUCCAACCAAUCUCUGUUACAGUAGCCGUACCGCUCCGGGGUAAGCCCUCCCUUCCCUCCAUCCUUCUCGAUACAGUACGAGUGCCGUACGGGUACAGGGGAGUGCAUGGGCCACUCCUUAUUUUCCCCUUCUUGCCGGGAACUUGCCACCUUCCUCGAUCGUCAACCUCCUCCCUCCCCCACCCCCUUUCGCCAAUUCCGCUUCUCGCGACAAUUAUUCUCCGACAAGGUAAGCAGGAAAAAAUAAAUAUAAAAAUAUAAAAAAAGGAACAAACUGACAUGAAGUCCUUGUAUCUUCCUCCUCAGGCCUGACCAGUCACCCUGCGGUCCGGUUCCGAGUUGGUGGCGCGUGCAACAACUUGCAACCCGCGGGCGGGAAACGGAAGCGGGAAACUUACGGAUAGGGUAUAGUGCAACUUUCUUGGCGAAACGGCGAGGUGUGAGUUUAUCGAGUGAGAGUCUGUGAGGGGGGGAUGGAUGAUUAAGGCUUGUUAUCGAGCGCUUAGAAGGGGAGGGGGGUUACAGCAACAGGUGCCGUGCCGGCAAGUGCUGUACAGUAAUAAAAUGGUCUGGGGGGGGGGACCUAUUUAU